AUGGUAGAGCGCUCCUCUUCCAGGGUUUCUUCUCUUUCGAGAUUCAUAAGGUUCCCUGAUUGUCCAAUCACCAACCCAAGCCAUAUCUUAGACACCGGUCUCGCUCAGGAUAACAUUCAAGUAUGGUCGAGAACCAAAGGAGGAGGUUUGUCAUGCCGCAGGCCGAUCUUGGUAGGCCCACACGACGGCAGUCAGCGGGCCUCAUCGGCGUCUGUUGCUCUGAACCGAAGCCAUGCCAAUACCGACUCGGCCGGGCCGCCCCGGCCCCACGAACUGCCUAGCCGUGGACAUAUUUCGUUAUCCACACACGUGUAA